GCCGGGAGCCCCGCAGCAGCGCCCGGGCCGCCCGGAGCUCCGCGAUGGAGAUGGCAGAGGCGGAAUUGCACAAGGAGAGGCUGCAAGCCAUAGCAGAAAAAAGAAAGAGGCAGACGGAAAUAGAAGGCAAACGACAGCAGCUUGAGGAGCAGGUACUCUUGCUGCAGCACUCCAAGUCCAAAGUGCUUCGGGAAAAAUGGCUGCUGCAGGGUAUACCGGCUGGAACGGCCGAGGAGGAGGAAGACAGGCGGCGGCAGUCUGAGGAGGAUGAGUUCAGAGUCAAGCAACUGGAAGAUAACAUUCAGAGGCUGGAGCAGGAAAUACAAGCACUCGAAAGUGAAGAGUCCCAGAUAUCUGCCAAAGAGCAAAUCAUCCUAGAGAAGCUGAAGGAGACAGAGAAAUCCUUCAAGGACUUUCAGAAGAGCUUGUCCACGGCGGAUGGAGAUGCAGUAAAUUACAUUUCCUCCCAGCUCCCCGACCUGCCAACCCUCAGUUCACGAACAGCAGAACCAUCACCUGGGCAGGAGGGGACCAGCAAAGCAGCUGCUGUGUACGCCAUGGAAAUUAAUGUGGAGAAAGACAAACAAACAGGAGAGACCAAGAUUCUCUCUGCAUCUACCCUUGGCCCAGAGGGGGUCCAUCAGAGAGGAGUCAAAGUCUAUGAUGAUGGUACCAAAGUAGUGUAUGAGGUGCACUCAGGAGGCACCAUAGUAGAAAACGGAGUGCACAAGUUAAGUGCAAAGGAUGUUGAAGAGCUUAUUCAGAAGGCUGGACAAUCAAGCUUACGAGGAGGGCACACGUCAGAAAGAACUGUGGUUGCAGAUGGGAGCCUUGGCCACCCUAAGGAGCACAUGCUCUGCAAAGAAGCCAAGUUAGAAAUGGUCCAUAAGUCUAGGAAAGAUCAUGCUUCUGGGAACCCAGGGCAACAGACCCAAGCCCCCAGCACAGAAGAGCCAGAGGCAAACUUGGAUCAACCAGUCACCAUGAUUUUUAUGGGCUACCAAAAUAUCGAGGAUGAAGAGGAGACUAAAAAGGUGCUAGGCUAUGAUGAAACCAUCAAGGCCGAAUUGGUCCUCAUUGAUGAAGACGACGAGAAGUCGUUAAGAGAGAAGACAGUGACGGAUGUGUCCACCAUUGAUGGGAAUGCGGCUGAGCUUGUGUCUGGGAGGCCAGUCUCGGACACCACAGAACCCUCAUCCCCAGAAGGGAAGGAAGAGAGCCUGGCCACCGAGCCAGCCCCAGGAGCUGGGUGGCAGAAUGUGCUGCUAAAGGGAGAAGAGGCAGCUUCGGGUGCUGCAGAAACCUUUGGCCCAGACAUGACUAUCAAGAAGCCUCCCCAGCUUUCCGAGGAUGAUAUCCAACUAAAAAGCAAGAGAGACAACGGUAGUCAUCUCCUGGAGUCUGCUACCUGCUCUAUUCCCCCAGAUCACAAAAACAUGGAAAUUGAGGUGUCUGUUACAGAAUGCAGUAAAAGUGUUCCUGGAAUCACUUCCACUCCCCAUUCCAUGGACCACAUUUCCCCUUUCUAUUCACCCCCGCACAAUGGCCUCCUCACCCAUCACCAUGAAUCUCUGGAUAACGAUGUGGCCAGGGAGAUCCGAUAUCUAGACGAGGUGCUGGAGGCCAACUGCUGUGAUUCUGCUGUGGAUGGAACUUACAACGGAACAUCCUCCCCAGAGCCCGGUGCAGAGAUCCUGGUGGGCAGCAUAAGCCCACCUGCCCACAUAACUACCCAGCCUGAUUCCACUGAGAGAGUAGUGGCCAGGCAGGCUCCUCCUCACAUCGAGCUCAGUAGAAGCCCCUCUGACACCAUGGCAGAGGAGGAGAGGGCAAACGGCCCCUCCCCUGACCAGCUCCGAGAUACACUGGGGGACAGCCUGCAGGCCCCCGUGAGCCCCACCUCCUCCACCAGCUCUCGCUGUUCUUCCCGAGAUGGAGAGUUCACACUCACCACGCUGAAGAAAGAGGCCAAGUUUGAGCUUCGUGCCUUCCAUGAGGACAAGAAGCCAUCCAAGCUCUUUGAGGAGGAUGAACGUGAGAAGGAACAGUACUGUGUCCGCAAAGUGAGGCCUUCAGAAGAGAUGCUCGAGCUGGAAAAGGAGAGGAGGGAGCUCAUCCGGAGUCAGGCUGUGAAGAAGAAUCCUGGCAUUGCAGCAAAGUGGUGGAAUCCUCCCCAGGAGAAAACCAUUGAGGAGCAGCUGGACGAGGAACAUCUGGAGUCACAUAAAAAGUACAAGGAGCGCAAGGAGAGAAGGGCGCAGCAGGAGCAGCUGCUGUUACAGCAGCAACUACAACAGCAGCAGCAGCAGCAGCAACCACCACCACCCCCAGCACAGCUCUGCACAACACCAGCUUCCUCUCAUGAAUGUCCCAGUGGGACUGAAAAUGCAAAGGAGGACAUCGUCACAGAGCAGAUCGACUUCUUAGCAGCACGCAAACAGUUCCAGCUGAUGGAGAAUACGAGGCAAGCAGUGGCCAAGGGCCAGAGUACACCUCGCCUCUUCUCUAUUAAGCCUUUCUACAGGCCUUUGGGGUCCCUCAACUCAGACAAGCCAACAACCAUCCUGAGACCAGCUUCUAUUGUGGGACCUCCGGAAGACAGUGGUGCAUCGGCAGCCAAGGGGCAGAAAGCACCCUUUGUGCCAGAGACCCAGUCAGGUGGAGGAGGCCUAGGCAGUGCCACCCCUCAGGGAAAGGAAGGGCCUUACAGUGAGCCCUCCAAGCGUGGGCCCUUAUCGAAACUGUGGGCAGAGGACGGAGAGUUUACGAGUGCCCGUGCUGUCCUCACUGUGGUCAAAGAUGAUGACCAUGGGAUUUUGGAUCAGUUUUCAAGAUCGGUCAAUGUCUCUUUGACCCAAGAGGAACUUGACUCAGGUUUGGAUGAGUUGUCGGUUAGGUCCCAGGAUACCACUGUCCUGGAGACCUUGUCCAAUGAUUUCAGCAUGGACAACAUCAGCGACAGCGGUGCCUCCAAUGAGACAACCAAUGCCCUCCAGGAAAACUCCCUGGCUGAUUUCUCUCUGCCUCAGACUCCACAAACGGAUAACCCUUCUGAGGGCCGAGAAGCAGUCUCCAAGUCAUUUAGUGAUCAUGGUUUCUAUUCCCCUUCCUCUACCCUGGGAGAUUCUCCAUCUGUGGAUGACUCCUUAGAGUAUCAGGCUGGUCUUCUGGUGCAGAAUGCCAUUCAACAAGCCAUAGCCGAGCAGGUGGACAAGGCUGUGCCCCAAACCAGCAAGGAUGGAGCAGAAGGGCAGGGGCCAGAAGUGACUCUGGAGGGCACUGAAGCCAGGGCCCCCAGCUCAGAGAAGCCACAGAGCACCUUUGAGCCUCCUCAGGUGUCCUCUCCUGUUCAAGAGAAAAGAGAUGUAUUACCAAAGAAUCUACCUGCAGAGAAUAAGGUGCUCAGGGAAAGGGGGCCCUCCCAACUGCCGCCAGCUGUGCAGUCCAGCGGCCCGAUCGACAUGGAGGAGACCAGGCCUGAAGGGGGCUAUUUCAGCAAGUACUCCGAGGCGGCUGAGCUGAGAAGCACGGCCUCCCUGCUGGCCACUCAAGAAUCUGACGUGAUGGUUGGGCCUUUCAAGCUGAGGUCAAGGAAGCAGCGGACUUUGUCCAUGAUCGAGGAAGAAAUUCGAGCUGCCCAGGAGCGGGAAGAGGAGCUGAAGCGGCAGAGGCAAGUGCUGCAGAGCACCCCGAGCCCCAGGACCAAGAAUGCCCCGUCUCUCCCCUCCAGAACCUCCUGCUACAAAACUGCUCCAGGGAAAAUAGAGAAAGUCAAACCUCCUCCAUCCCCCACAACUGAAGGCCCCGGCUCGCAGCCUGACUUAGCCCCCGAAGAGGCUGCAGGAACGCAGCGGCCCAAGAAUCUGAUGCAGACCCUCAUGGAAGACUAUGAGACACACAAAUCUAAAAGGCGCGAGAGAAUGGAUGAUAGUAGUUACACCUCUAAGUUACUGUCUUGCAAGGUGACUUCCGAGGUCCUUGAGGCCACACGAGUAAACCGAAGAAAGAGCGCACUGGCCUUGCGCUGGGAGGCAGGAAUCUACGCCAACCAGGAGGAAGACAACAACGAAUAAAUGUCCUUCGGCCCAGGAAGCUUCUUUGGUGCUUGGGAUACCAAGAAACCAAGAAAUGAUCAAAUCAAAGCAUUUUAAUGGACUAUUUAUUAAAGUGCAUACAAACUCAGCAAUCUUCUUAUGUAGACCAGAGGCUGCAAUACACAAUGAUGAAAAAUAAAGUGAAAAGAAAGUCCACCCAUCAAACUCUGAGACCCAGGAGUCCUAAGAGAAAAGCUUUCUAUGGGACUCAAAGCAGACUCUGGGUUUGGAUUAGUCCACAUUCCAUCCAAAAGAGCAAAGUCAAUACAAGCAAAGCAACACAGUUGCCGUAGGCAGAGCCGGGCCCAGCCUUACCGGCCGGUGGGGAAACACCGUAGUGACAGAGCCAUUCAGAGAGCGGUAGGCUGUGUGGUCUACACCGCAUAGCAUAUUUCUCUGAACCAGCUUCCCAGUCUUUGCUCAUGACAUCAGAGGUUGACUACAUUCUUUUUUCCAGCAGCCAUAAAAUCAGUGGUGUUUUUCUCCGUAGUUGUCCAAAAGAGGCAGCUGUGAUUCGGUUUCUCUGACACUUAUUUUUAAUUGGAAACAAUCAAUGAUUGCAGUAUACAAAACCUGUGUUUUUAAGACAAUAUUUCUUCACAUUGCAGAUACAAUCUACUCUGCAAUAGGGGUUAAGAAAGCGGGAAAGAAAGCCGAACCAAAUGGAUUAUUGUAGCUUUAGAAUCUUGUCUGCUUAUACUGUUGACUGAUCUGCAGCUUAGGAGAACACAUUUUCACAGUUAUGUUUCUUCAUAUGAAAACUAUAUUUAGCGGGCAACAACUAUUUUUAUGAUGGGAUGGGGUACAUACACGUGGAUAAAAUCUGUACACAUUGAACUGCUUUGUUCAAGACAGUAGGAGUAUUUUUAGAGUGGCAAUAAUUGAAAAAAGGGCAAACUCUGACUUAGAGAGGUAGAUGAUAAGAAAUAAAAAGGUGUUUAUAGCUAUUUUGUAUUAUAAAGUGGGCCUUAGAGGUAAUAGGGAGAAAGACAGGUGGUUUUGAAUCAAUCAGAAAGGAAACAUUACGGUCAUGAAAGGAGGGAAAUAAAAAGGAAGGGCGGGUAAAGCAGGGAAACAAGGACGUAAGAGAGAUUAUUUUUGCUGAGCAACCAGUGUUUUUCAGGGUGAUAAAGAGAAAAUUAUAGAAUUUUCAGUGCAGGCUUGGAAUCAGUUAUAGAUCCUAAAGAUGGGGUAUAUAUGUGUACACCUUUGUGCAUUUGUGUAGUGUAUGUUCACAAGGGUGUGUGUGUGUGUGUGUGUGUGUGUGUGUGUGUUGUUAGAUUUCCAGAUUGACCAUGGCACCUGGGUGUACAGUUAUUUCCUCCAAAGCUGUUUGCCAGCUUUAGGAGUGAGUGAGAAUUUCUUUUUUAUGAAAAGGGAUAUAGAAGCACCGAGCUGAUGCAGUAUUUGUAAUAUUAAAUUGACCUAACAUGGUAUUCGCAUGAGUCACAGUUGCAGAGUUUUGAGCGGUUUUGUAAUGGACACUUAGGAAUGUAUCCUAUUUAUUCCCAUACUUUGUACUCUUGCUUAGUAGCCUAUAGAAGACGCCGGCUGUACUCUUUCUGUCAUUUAAAGCAAUAUGGUAAGGGCAUUCACUUACUGGGUGCCCUACAUUUCUCAAUGAGAAAAAUGUUCAAUUUCUGGCCAUGAGAUAAACAAAACAAAAAGAAAAAAAAUCAAAAAAAAAAAAAAAAA